AUGGGAAAUCUCAAGCAAGAUCUGUCUCACGAGCCUCCCUGUCAUCCGCGUGCCUGCGCAAUCCAAGAUUGUCUGACAAAGAAUUCCUUCAAGGAGGAGAAAUGCCAGGCCCAGAUUGAUGCCCUCUACGAAUGCUGUAAUGCCUUCUACCAGCAACAAGGCGACCAGGCAUCCACGGUAAGCUGUCCCAAGGCAAGUUUGCUACGCCUGAAGAUGAAGCAGCGAGCACAGGCGGCCGAGCACCAGGGUUGA